CAUCCUCUCUCCACCCCUCGCCCUUGCCUCUCCCUCACACUCGCCGCCUGCGGGGCUGCCGUCGGGGGUGGCGCCAGCAGACCCGGCCCGUUUUCCCCCGCCUCGGGGAUGUGCUGAGAAGGGGCAGCUCCCCUCGGGCCCCUCCGUGCCUCGCCCUCCGCCUCCCCGUCCCGUGCCCCCCCUCCACGCCCCACGCCUCCUCGGAACGGGUCGGUCGCCGGUGGCGGAGGAGGCCGGCGAUACAUUUCCUGUUGAACGUCCUCUUGUGGGCACGGGGAGGGAGGAGAAGCCGGGCGCUGUGGCCGCCCUGUGCCGUCGGCCAGAGCCAGUGGGUGCCCUUACGGUCACGUCGCCCUGCCCUCCUCGAGCUGUGUGAAGAAAUUCUUCAGCCAUGGAUGUGUUCAUGAAAGGACUUUCCAAGGCAAAGGAGGGAGUCGUAGCAGCAGCAGAAAAAACCAAGCAGGGUGUGGCAGAAGCGGCAGGAAAGACGAAAGAAGGCGUCCUCUAUGUGGGUUCCAGGACCAAGGAAGGAGUCGUUCAUGGUGUCACAACAGUGGCUGAGAAGACCAAAGAGCAAGUGUCUAAUGUUGGAGGAGCUGUGGUGACAGGAGUGACGGCGGUGGCCCAGAAGACAGUGGAAGGAGCAGGGAACAUUGCUGCAGCCACUGGCUUGGUGAAGAAGGAUCAGUUGGCCAAACAGAAUGAAGAAGGUUUCCUGCAGGAGGGAAUGGUGAAUAAUACAGAUGUUUCUGUGGAUCCUGAAAAUGAGGCUUACGAAAUGCCUCCAGAGGAAGAGUAUCAAGACUAUGAACCUGAAGCAUGAGAGUCCUUUCCUUCCUUUAUAUCUCCUGAAAUCUACUAACUACUAAAGACGUCCCAUCCUGUACAAGUGCUGAGUUCCAAUGUGCCCAGUUGUCAAAUUUUUUUACAGUUUUUACGGUGUAUUUUGAAGUCUUCCAUCAGCAAUGAUUGGAGUAUCUGUGACUGCAUCCACCUUGUUUCAGCAUUUCCCUCCUGCUGAAAUGAAAGCUGGUUGGCAGGGUCAUUGUUGUGCUGUGGAUAUUGUGGCUUCAAGUUUAAAAGUUAAAAAAAGAAAAUAUUAAAUAAAAACACCUAAGUGUCUACUGCUUAUUUCUAACUCUGUACAUGUUUUGUUGAUAGGCUGUCAGUAAUUUGAUAUUGUUUAUGAUACACUUUUUAUUUGUUUCCUAUGACUAUUCUUUCUGUGCAGAGAUGACUUAUUGUGAGAGCUUUAUAUAUAUGUGUAUGUAUUAUACAUAUAAAAAAAAGUAAUUGAGCAUGAACUAUGCACCUAUAAAUAUUAGCUGUUGAAAUUUUAUUGUUUUGUGAUGUGUUUUAUUAACUUGUGUCUGUAAAUAAUGGUGUUCAACUGAAGCGAAUAAAAUGUAACCCAUUAAAAUGAA